AUGGGUGAGUGCAUUGAAUUUUUAAUAACUCUUAUCAUCUAUUAUUAAUGUGAUUUGAAUAUGUGGAUUUCAAUAACUUACUAAUGUUGUCUUUAAUAUUUCCUUGCUGCCUUCAGACAUCAUGUUGCCCUAGUGCACUGUGGGAGAGAUUUGCUGCUUUAACACUGUUUAAGUGUUUUGAAUUUCAUACAUGGGUUAUUUAUAGACUUACACUUUGCUCUCAUUCCUAAUAUGUGACAUACUUUAACAUAAAAGAUGAUUUCAGAGGAGGGAGAAGCUUGGAUUUAGCACCAGGAUUUCGACAGGAUUGAUUACUUUUUGAUAGAGAAGGCAGUCCUCUUUACCUCCUCUAACCCCGAACACCCAUAAAGCAAAGUGGACUCGGAGCCGCAGACAGAGACGGACAGUCUCAUCAUGCUAAGGCCGUGCCAGGUCACUCAUGUGAAAGAGGUCAAAUACUCCCACAUGUGCUGCAGGCAUAAAUUAACAAAUCUCCAUGAGAACUGUGGGCUCAAACAACUCCUGCCAACUUCUUUUUCUCACGUACAGAGAAGUUGUGGGCUUUCUCUUCACACAUUUUUUAACAGAUUUCAAGUCUUGAUUGAUGAUCUGGCAUCUACUGUUCGUGCGAUGUUUCUUUUUGCACUGAAUUCAAAAGAGGGCUAUGGUGGCCUGUGUGGCUUUGUCACUGUAACAUCACAGCUGCGGUGUGGGCGUCCACAGGAGAUAUCAUUUCUGGGGUCUGAGGGUCAUCCUGCCAUUACUAUUUAUACUUUAGAUGCUGUUUGUUGAACUUGCAGUCUGACUCUUCCCACUUGAGUUAUGUAAAUUCUGUGAUUAUCUGUAUUUUCUACAUCUUAAUGGGUCAGAUUUCUUGAUUGGAGCAGUAUAACUCUGAUAUGGAGUGUGCUUGAUGUUGUUGUUGUUGUUGUUGUGAAUCUAUUCAAAUUACUCCCCCCCGCCACCUUCAUUCAUUAUACCUCUGCCCACUCUUUGAACACUUGAGCCCACCCUCUGCUGGCAUCAACUCUCAGUGGUACCAGUCACAGCCAGCUGUGGGUGGAGGAUGGCCUGAGUAGUGACAUUGCCAUUGGUGUAGACGGGGUCCUGGUGACCCCACUGCAACAGCUUGCUACAGUGCGUGUGUGUGUGUGUGUGUGUGUGUGUGUGUGUGUGUGUGUGUGUGUGUGUGUGUGUGUGUGUGUGUGUGUGUAUUCUGGUACUAUAGUCUUUGUUUGUUUGACAUCGCUGCCCUUUGUUCCCCCCUGACGGUGGCUCAAAAAACAAUGGAUAUUGUAUCAGCAUUCACAAAGAGAAGCUCUUUCUUGGGGUCACCAUCUCUCAUUUUCGCCUGGUGACGCCUGUGACCGCUGGAGACGAGGGGAAGGAGCAGAUUUGUGCUGUGAGGUGUUGGUACCGGCAGAGGAGUUUUCACAUGUGGAUGAAAUCAGCGCUUCAGAGAGGCUUAUUUUACUCCAGGAAUAGCUUUUAGGCAGUUUUGUACAUCCCUGGUUGGCUUUGGGAUCUUUCUCUGUUGAGGAGCACAGGAUCAGAAGCAGCAGAUGUUUCCGGUCAGGCAGCCUUGGCUAUGCAAAGCCUUAGGUGCUUUCCUCUAUCCCGUUUCUGCCAAUGCAUUUAUUAACACUGUGGAUGUUUGCUACCUGCUCCAACAGCACUGCUUACACUGGACAGAGCGUAUGAGAUUGUGGUGAAGUCGCUUUGUUUGGACGCUUUUAUUGGGAAGUGUUGCUUGAACUUUGACCCUGCUGUCUAAUUUUUUGUUUUCUGUUGCUUUCUCACCUGUGCUCGGGAUUUUGGGGUUGGGGUUUGAGUUCAGGGUUUGGGGUGUGUGUUCAUGGAUUUGCAGACAGAGCGAGGCCACUUUCACAGCACCACCACCGUGGCGUAGAUGUGCUGUGUGGUAAUAUGUGCGGUGUGUGCCGCCUGUAUGCUGAUUUAUUAUGCCCCCUCAGGUUGUUAUGAUUGCUGUAUCCGUUGCCUCGGGGCAGUGCCCUACCCGUCCUUGGUGGCCACCUUGCUGUGCUAUGCCGGCAUGGCAUUGUUUUGUGGCUGUGGGCACGAGGCGUUGACCAACACUGAAGUCCUGGUGGAGACUUACUUCGCUCGCAAUGUUCAGGACUUUGCUGUCAUGGCCUCUUUGUGAGUGAUUCUUGACUGAACCAUCUAAAAAGCAAUUUUGAUGUCUUCAGAUUUUAUAAAUCAUGCUUUUUGACCUGACUUUGUCUCUGUGCAAACUUUCCCAGUAUCAAAUACUUCCAGUACGUGAUCUACGGCCUGGCAUCGUUUUUCUUCCUCUACGGUAUCCUGCUGCUGGCUGAGGGAUUCUACACCACGAGUGCAGUCAAGCAGACGUUUGGUGAAUUCAGGAGCACUCACUGCGGCCGAUGCCUCAGUCUGACGGUGAGGACAGGAAGGAGGGAGGGUGGGGGGUAUGACGGGAGUGUGACAUCAGGUCAUUGUGAAGAUGCUGAAUGCUAUUUUGUUUUACCUCUGAAGUUCACUGAAACUGCACUGUGAAAUUUUGAGAUGAGCAUCCUUGAAGUUUUUUGAUAUGCCUGUUACUUGCUGCCAUAAUGUGGGAGAUUAACAAUUUUUGAUGUAUAUGAAAUAGAUUGAAACUCAUAUUGAUGUUUUUUUAUGAGUUAUAAAAGCAAACAAGACCAUCACCAACAGGAUUUAACAGGAUUAUUAUAUUGUAAUUUUUAUGCCUCAAACUGGUGCAAGGGGGUAGGUGUCAGCCAAGCAGAUAAAGACAUAUCCCUGUUUUUACAAUUAAGUAUACAUGUGACUGUCAAAGGUCAGCAGGAUUAAUCUUUUGUCAGAAAUUGUUAUCCAAGCAUGUAAAAAGGCAAGAGAAGUACAGGCUGCUUUGGCCUCAAGGGGGCGCCAAAAUUGACACAAGGUGAAAGUCCCUCACAGGCACUUUAAGAAAUUGCACAAAUGUUUAAGUUUGAAGAAGCUUAUGUGUUCGAACAAGACUAAACACAACAUCUUUAAGACUAAUAAACAUUACACACACAAACACAGGCGCAAAAAUACGGGAUCAUAUUAAGAAACAAUACAGAUUUUAAAUGGGCCACUGCAAGAAAUGAAAAAUCAUGAAGCAUUAAAUCUGACACCUACAACCUCACAAUCGUGUCAACAACGAAUUGUCAGUCUCGUUGCUGAUGGCCUCUUUUGCUUUUAGAUGUCAUGAAAGGGCAUCGAUUUAAAUUUCAGUCCCUUUCAUGAACAUCAGAAAACUUCUCAUAGGAGCUUUAAGGUGAAGAAUUUUGAUUGGAUUUGUGAAAUUAGAGGUGGGACUGGUUUGACUGAUAGGUGGGUAUGAUGUGAUGAAGAAAUAAAAAAUUAAAUGAUCCAAUGGCAGAGUAGAUCUUCACUGAUGCAUCACUUCAGCUUGCAGUACAUUAUAUUUUCAGGCCACAGUGAGGAAACUUUCCUGUGACUGGAAACUCAAGCUUUUCUGAGAGGAGAGUGAGGAGAAAAUGCUCUGAGAUUUUUGGUUGCCGCUGUGGAUCAAUAUUGCAUGGCAAAUACUAAGUUCAAUGUCAUCUAUCUCUUGAUUAUUAUUUAUUUUGUACCUCAGCCAUCAUCCAGAUGAAUGUUUUUGGCUUCAAACCUACACAACAGACUUUGAAUUAUACCUCUGAUGUCCAAUCCAUCAACAAGAAUACCAACAUGAUGGUAUAAAUUUUGGCGAGAAGGUGGCAUUUUUGAUGUCAACAAAGGCUGGGGUGAUGCAUUAUGCCAUUCAUUUUAAAUUUACUCUCAUAUGCAAUCUUAUAGAAAUGUAUAGCCUGGGGAUAAAAGUUUGAAUUCUGUUUGUGUUUCUGCGGUUUCUCCACAGAGUUAUAGUUUGGUUGCUGAUUUAAUGACGCUGUAUUUUUGACACUGAAGCCUGAGAUUUUGUGUUACCUCCUGUGACCUAACAUACUAAACUCUUAUUUUCACCAGUUCAUCGUAGUGACGUACAUCUUGGCCUUCAUCUGGCUCAUCGUCUUUGCCUUCACUGCUAUCCCCGUCUACUUCUUGUUCAACAUGGAGCAGACCUGCCACACCGUUAACAUCCUGGCUGAAACCACCCCCAGCAUCAAUCAGCACGGCUGGAUCUGCAUGGACGCCAGGCAGUACGGUGAGUUGUUCUUCUAUUGACUGACUAUGUUUCUACAUGAGGAGAAUGUUAAUGCAUUAGUGAAGUGGUCACAGGGGGAGUGGAUGCAGAAAUGUGGUGAAUUAGUUACAAAACGACGGAGAUAACUCCACCUUUAUCUUUAUUCACUGCUGUUUCUCUGAUGUGCUGUGUGAGCAAACAGGGACAGAAAUGCAUCAUAAGUCAUCGUGAUUCAGCGACAGUCAGAGGUACUUACGUCAUGUCUUCAUUUAAGGUCUGCUCCCGUGGAACGCCAUGCCAGGAAAGGCUUGUGGGAUGACCUUGGCAUCUAUUUGCAAAACCAGCGAAGUGAGUAGAUGAAUCCAAUCUGGCUGUUUAGUAUUUCAUGUCAGCGUCCUCACAUUCAGAUCAGUGUGCAGAAUCAAUCUCGGAUAUCCUCUGAAUGAUUAAUAGAUGGUUGUGUGUCUAAUGAAAUAACAUAAACAUACAAAUGGUGGGUUUAAGUCUCUGAAUAUUUAUUAACCAGGAUCUCUUCUGCAUUUCUUGUAGUUCUACGUCACCUAUGACCUUUACAUUGCCACAUUUGCUGGAGCCGGAGUCACUCUCUUAGCACUGGUGAGCUGUUGUUUUUUGACAUUUUGUGUGCUUUUUUGGUCAUAACAGAUGUGUGAUUUUAGCAUGGUAACUCUGGAAAGCUUAUUUCACCAAAUAGCCAAAAGAUAUGAUUUACUUAACAAGUGGCUGAAAAACUAAGCUGUUUGGAAAGUGCAGAGAACUGCAGAUUCUCACAUGUCUACUAAGAGCCCAAGGGGUCUCAUUGACACCCGUGUUUGAGUGCCUAUGAGGGGGGAUGGACAGACAAAAUCUGAUGCCUGUACCACUUAAAACAAAAACAAAAAAACAAGGCAGUCAGCUAGCAGAGGGUAGUCGUCACACUAAAGGUUUAACGACAUGCUGCUGAUCCAGAUUUUCUUACACAUUCUGCUGCGAAGAAUCUCCGAUGAGUGACACAUUUGACUUGUAAAAGAGUAGGUUGAGAAGUUUACAUGUUACAUGAAGUUUACAUUUACUCUACACGCUUAGGAAGUGUAUAUUGACAAAAAUAGCUGUAUGCCAGGAGGCCAAAAGCCUACCUCAGCUUGACUUCUUUACCUGAUUGGUUGAUCCAGAGUUGGGCUGGGUCAGCAUUACCAGUUUGGGUCCAGUCAAUGUUGGGUUUAAAUAGUCUGAGAAAUCAGUGAGUGUCAACAGAAGGAUUGUGUCCAUAUUUUUAAGUUGUCUUUAAAUUGAACCAACACAAAAAUGAUUAUUCUUAUGGCAGAAUCAAACAUGUAAACAAAUUUGUUGUGAUCUGGAGAGCAAUUUUCUUUAUUUUUAAACUUUUUGUUAAAAAUGUCCAAUUCAUCUGUUUUGAAAGUUUAAAAGCUACAAUUUUUGCAUAAUCAGGGGUGUGGCUGAUUUAAAGAAGAGGUUGGUUUGUUGUAGCUAACCGCCGUUAACCAUUGUCCUAACUACACCUGUGGCUAGGGGAUAGAUGGAGUCAGCCUUUGCAAUAUUCAUUGUUUUAUUAGGCCCUGUCUGAAGACAAAAGGUCAAGUCUUGGAGAUCGUAUCUAUGCUUUAGUCAGAGAUAUUUAGCUGUGUGGGAUGUGUACACUGUUCUGUUUUUUUGUGGGGGUUGAUAGGUCAGAGGCACCACCAGGAAAUUUGAGCCCAUUUGUAAAAUAUUGCACCACUUUAUCAUCAUGAAUCUUUUAAUAUUUUAAGGACUUCUGUAAGAAUCAUCCUAACUUUCUACCCCCUCAUAGCUGGCUUGUGGUCUGGUUUGGAGAUGUCUGUUCCUGAGACUGUUGUGAAUGUAGAUGGUUAUAAUAGACUAAAUAUAAUAAUAAAUAAAAUAUAAAAAAUAAAAAUAUAUACCCACACUAUUUGUAACAAAUCUGAAUUAUGUGGAGUAACAGGGACACUGUUAAGACGUCACAGUCAGCUUUAAAGGUUGUACACACAAGAGAAAAAAUGUCAGCCAUGUGCUUUGAUGUACUGAAGCUUGAAGUAUUGCAUAAUUGAGCAUAAUUGGGGGCAAAAAAUGUAAGCAAUGUUGACAUGUGACAUUUCCUCAGGUUUGUUUUAUUUCCUUUGUGUAAUCUUGUGUUUGAUCUGGGGAUUAAAAGUAUUUUUGGUUAUUGAUCAUUUGGAAAAUGUACAUUGAUUAUAUAAUUUGUUUCAUACAACAUGGCAAAACUACUUGCAAGGAAAUGUAGCUGUGUUUCAUACUUAACAUUUUUCUCAAUUCUGUCUCAACGCCUCCCUCUAUAGUUCCUGUACAUGAUUGCCACCACCUACAACUACGCCGUGUUGAGGUUCCUGGGCAGGAAAGGGAUUCGUUAA